AUGUCACAAACUUUGGAAGAGACUAUGGAGGAUCUCAAGAAACAGCUCAUGCAGAACCAGCUGGACAGCCUCCGUAUUUCUAUCGAGAAUCUUGCCAACAGUUUGGGCCGCGUUCCUGCAGGUACCAUCGCCAGAUCUUGUCUGGCUAUCCUGAAAAGCAUGAUCAGCCUCAGUUACUGCGGUAUGAUAGUAUACAUUAACCGAAGUCACGAAGCUGUUAUUCAGCACAAACUGGAGCAAAUUCAGGAAUUUCAGGCCUUGACUUGUUCCUUCGCAGAUGAUGGGAAAGACGAUCGUCGUGGUAGCCAUGACCGCAAAGAAAAUUUGCUGCAUCUCGCAUCAAGCAUAAUGCCUGCGACGUGGUAUUUCCACUCAUAUGACCCUUCGGAUUUGUUUAUCAAGCAGGCAGAGAACAUAAGAGCCAUUUGUCUCGAUGAGCUAAGGAACCAUUAUGGGAAUUCUUUGAUGGUUUCUUCUGAUGAUGACGAGAUGUCUUCUGAUGUUGAUGCGCCGUUUAAGAGGUGGAUGGAAAAAGAAGACGCCAAGUUUGAAAAACACUUCCGAUUGCCAGUAAUCGACGAUGUGGUUUCUGUUACUCUACGGACGUAUAAAGACUGCCGGGACCUCAAGUCUCCAAGUCCAGAAGGGAUGGCUAUACAUGCCUUAUGCCCCUUAGGUAAUGGGGAAGAAUGGUCGGUUCGGGAGAUUGAAAUUUCAUCAGAACCAAGCUCAUACCCCCGUGGAACAACAAUCGAGGCCAUCACAAUGACGCGCAACCAGCUGGCAGAACAUUACGGGGGGAGAGUAGAAUAUAAGAAAGAGAUUCCCGCGACUCACCCUUCGCUUGGUCACCUCGACCUUGACUUUGACAAGGAAAUCCCCAAGGAAUACGGAAUUGUAAUUACUUGGAGGUUUGUUGGAAGUGAAGCUUGGAGGGACCGUUAUGGUCAUAUCAUUCAGCAGGACCCCUUCCUGUGA